AUGAGUAACAAGCUUUGGGAGUUUUUCAUACAAGAUGAUGUCGAGAGCUUCCAGCGGUUCCUGGCGAACGCGACGUUCGCGGGGCCACGAGCUGCAGGCUCCGGAACGCCUGCAGCGGCCAACCUGUCAGCAAAAAGUGCGAGCCCUGGGGCAAUGAUCGCAUCAUCUCCAAACCCACCGAGAAGCAAGAAAAGUCUGGGAUCGUCGCCUGGAACACCUGUGUCGGAUAAAUCGCAACGCGGGACCGUGAACUUGUCGCGCGCCGACGUGAAUGCGCGGGACCAUUACGGCCGCACACUGCUUCACCAUGUCGCCUCGUCCUCGAAACUUACCGCCGCCCCCUUUGCACGUGCUUUACUGGAAGUUCCGUUCCUUGAUAUAUAUGCGCAGGACUGGGAGAGUGGGUGGACCGCCCUGCACCGGGCUCUUUAUGCUGGUAAUGCAACGAUCGCCCAGGCGCUCAUGGCGCGCGACGUGCAAGACAUGACAGAUUUCAGCAAGAUCGGGACUACAAGCCAUCCAAGUGGUGGCCUGAUUAAAAUCAAAGAUCGCGAGGGUUUCAGUCCGUUCGAUGUCUUCGGAGCAACCAUCACGGCCCGCGACAUCAAGCAGAUCUCAUCUGGGAGCUGGCCAAGGUCGAUGGCCGAUGAUAUGGAUAGCGAUGCUGCGUCCAAUGCCGCCUCAAACUACGGAGAUAAUGGGGAAGAUAAUGCAUAUGUCGCUAAGAGUGUCUUGAAACCUCUUCUGGAUGUCUCCGCCGAUGAAGUAUUCACUCUCGGCAGUAACAAGAACCUCAACCUUGGUCUGGGUGAUCAGGAUGACCGACAGUUCCCGGAGCGGAUAUCUUUGAAGCGCCCCGAGCAUCUUUUGCAUCGGUUCUAUCGCGAAUAUCUGGAAGAACUAGAACGGCUUGGGCUUGAAGAUACCAUCCCCGACGGUAACUUGAAAGAAUUGCCUACAUUGAUAAGGAACAAACCCAUGAAAUAUCAAAACAUCGUCAUGUCCAAACUGCAUACCGCCAUCAUCACGGACGAUCCCGAGGCUAAUCUGUUCAUGUGUGGCUUCGGCCCAGGCGGACGCCUAGGAACAGGCGAUGAGUCGACGCGUUUUACCUUCGUUUGCAUUGAAAAUGGUGGUUUGGAUGGAAAGAAGGUCGUCUCGGUUGCUUUGGGUCAAGACCAUACCCUGGCAAUCACAGAGCACGGUGAAAUCUUCAGCUGGGGUAGCAACAAGUUUGGACAACUCGGUUACGGUCUUCCUAGAACCAACAACCGAAACGAUGUCCCUGUGCAGUUGACGCCUCGUCAGAUUUUCAAUCCAUUCAAGAAGGAAACCAUCCUAGGCGCAGCAGCAUCGUCUAUCCACUCGGUCGUAUUCAGCACCUCUGGUCUGUAUACAUUUGGAAAAAACGAAGGCCAGCUCGGUUUAGUCGAUUCCGAUGCUCGUUCUCUUGAAGUUCAAACCACACCAAGGCGUGUCGGAGCAUCUCUCUUCAGUUGCCCAAUUCAGAUGGUCUCUGCCAUUGAUCGUGCUACGGCCGUCCUUCUACAGAACCAUGAGGUUUGGGUAUUCUCAUCCUAUGGUUACUCGAAGCUUUCAUUCCCCCUGGAAGUAAGCUCGAGAUUUAUCCGGGAUAGCUUCAUGGCUACCAGAUAUGACGGAUCCGCCAACCACAUUGUGAAACUGACAAGUGGCGGAAACACAAUCUGUGCUCUAUCCAGUUCUGGUGAAGUCUUCACUGUUCAAGUCAACCAGUCUGAAAACUCUUCGGCUUUGGCUUCUACGACCAAUCCUGCCAAGAUUCGCAAUUCACUGGCCACUCCUGUUCGAGCAUGGUCUGUUAAGAAGUCCCACAUGGCAGCGAGCGAUGUCGAUGUUGGACAAGACGGCUCUAUUAUCAUCUGCACAACCUCCGGAUCUGCCUGGAGAAAAGAACAGCGGACAAAGAAGAAGGAGGGUGCUUCGAAGGACUACAAAUUUGCUCGUAUCCCUGGUCUCUCGCGAGCAGUGGCAGUUCGCAGCAACGCCUUCGGGGCCUAUGCUGUGGCUCAGCGUGACUGCGAUGUCACCAAGGAACAAAUUCAUGUUGAGCCCAGCAACCUUUGGGAUGACAUCUUGCCUUUGUCUCCAUUCACAACCCCCGAAUUGGAAGACGUGGAUGCCAUUCUGGAAGAGGAUGCCCAGACUAUUCCUGUUGUGCUUUCCUCCGGUAAAAGCAUCCAACGCGCCAUCAUAUCAUCCUCCGACAUUGAAAAUGAGUUUGUGCCUAUUUGGUCCGAAGGGACUGUUUGGGUUACUAGCUCUGUUUCGGAGUCUCGCAUUCCCGUCCAUGAACUUCUCCUGGCUGGUCGCAGUCCAGUUAUGAGAAAGGCUCUGGAAGAGUUCAGGCAAUCAUACUAUUCCUCCGUCUUAGAUGUGUUUGAUAUCGAGUAUGGGAAGGACGGACACCCUCAAAUCCGGAUCCACGGUGUCGAUUUCCUGACCAUCCUCAACGUGGUGUUCUUCCUUUACACAGAUGGCAUACUCGAUGUCUGGCACCUGGCUAGGAGCUCGCCCGCAAACGCGACCCGUUACCGACAGGUUCGCACUGAGGUUAUGCGGGUCGCUAUGCAACUAGGAUUGCCAGCCUUGGAACGCGCAGCGAGAUUAAUGGUUGAACCAGAAAAAUGCCUGAAGACUGAUAUGGCACAUGCUAUCAACCACUCCUCGUUCUUUGAUAGCGCGGAUGUGGUAGUCCAGCUCAAGAGUGACACCGUUAAAGUGCACAGCCAAGUUGUAUGCGAGAGAUGCCCAUUCUUUGACGUUCUUUUCAAUGGCCGUGCGGGUGGAAAAUGGAUAGCAUUGCGCAAAGCGGACCCUACCGAGAAGGUGCAUGUUGAUCUGAAGCACAUUGAUCGUUCCGUCUUUGACUUUGUGCUGCGUUAUCUUUAUGCUGAUACCGAGGAGCGUCUUUUCGAUGAAGUUCGGACGAGCGAUGUUGACGACUUCAUUGAUCUACUCCUGGAUGUCAUGUUUGUGGCAAACGAGCUUAUGAUCGACCGACUGUCUCAAAUCUGUCAGAAGAUGCUUGGUCGUUUUGUCACAACUCGCAACGUGUGCUACCUGCUUAACUCUGUUACCCCUUGCUACGUUACAGAGUUCAAGGAUGCUGCUCUGGAAUACAUUUGCCUCAAUAUGGAGGCUAUGUUGGUCAACAGAUAUCUCCACGAUUUGGACGACAGUCUCCUCCACGAGUUGGAUUUGAUCUGCCAUGAAAACCAGCUAUCCUGCUGGCCCGUUUCCCGUGGACGCAACUCUGAAGAUUAUGUCUUCGAGAAAUAUCCUGAGAUCGUCGGCUCCGUUGAGACAGACAAGCAGCGAAGGAUUGACGCCAUGGCCUUGCAGACUCGCCUUGAUCGUCUUGAAUCGUACGACGUUCGAUCUCGGCAGACACCAAAUGAGAAGGUCACUGCAUCUUCAUCGACGCGCAAAGGGAAGAACGCUCCCCCCAAAGAGUCGCCAAAGGCCAGCAACAGUCCGAUGCUCAAAUCGAGGCAAUCAGCAAGCGAUCUUAUGUUCCAGAUGGAUGACGAAGGUCUUAUGACACCCGAUUCGAAGGGCAAAGGUGCCAUGCGUGGAGUUAAGUUUAGAGAAGGUAUUCCCGAGGAUAGAUCAUAUCCUGAUUCCCCGGCAUUGGGAGCAAGCCUACCAGAGGCCAUGUCAUUGGGCGAGGGUAACUUCUUGGAUGAUCAAAUGGCCUCUCCACAAGACAUGACACUCGCACAGUCUCCAUCCGAGACUAGGGCGAUUACUCUCAACCAGAAGCGCGCUUUGCCAUCAUUAUCUGGACAAUCAUCCGCGCCAUGGAAUCAGCAUAUGAUCUCGAGCUCCAAGAAGGAUCUCAAAGAUAUCAUGGGCGAAACAUCACAAUCUCGGGUGUCAAACCUUACGCUGGGGAUGGCAGACCGACGUGAAAGCAGUGGCAAUUUCACACCAAAGAUUUCCCAAAAGGAGAGAAAGAAGAUCCAGCAACAGCAGGCGCAGGAACAACUGGCAGCGCAGCAGAAGGCGAAAGACGCACCCUCGAACCCCUGGCAAAAGCCAGCACCUCUGCCAGUAACACCAGUCAAACUCGAUCCUCUACCAGGCCAAAGCGUUCAAUCUCCCGAGCCUGCUAAAGCAGCCCAGAAGUCCAUGACUAUGCGACAAACUGUAGCUGGCACACCCCCACCAAAGUCAAAGCCAAUUGCAACACCAGUGCAAACCCAAUGCCGCAGCAUUUCAACCAGCUUGCAGCCAGGAUCCCACUCCAAGCCCUCCCCAUCGGGACCUUCCACAUCGCAGACUAUCACAUCACCCCAACCAGCCAUCCAAUCAAUCCGUCACAUUCCCCGUCCCGAUCUCACGGGGUCACGAUCCCCAUCCUCAGGCUCAUACUCUCUAUCCACAAUCCUGCUCCAACAACAAAGUGAAAAGGAAGCAAUCCGCGAAGCAGCUACAGCAAAGCACAACAUGCAAGAAAUCCAAGCUGAACAAGAGUUCCAGCAAUGGUGGGACCAGGAAAGCAAACGUGUACAAGGGCUAAUGGACCCCGAGCCAACGGAACCUCGUUCUGGCAAGAGUGGACGCGGCGGCAAAGCGCCUGGUACUCCGCGCAAGCGUCGCGGUCCCAAGAAUACCGCUGGCGAUAGGCCUGGUACUCCAAAUCAGAAGAGUCCGUCGGUUUCAGGAUCUGGUCGUCCUACUCCUAAGACAAGUGCAAAUGGUCCCUCUCCGGCUCAGCCGCAAAAAGUUCCGAAUGGAAAUCGUGCUGGUGAUGGUGCUGGGGGUCCUAACCCCAAUCCUCGGCGUGGAGGACAUGGGGGGCAACGUGGUAAGGGGAAGGAUCGUGGUUAA